CAGAGCGCGCGCUGCCCGGAAAAGCAGAACACAGGCCGGAACGUGAACUCUCACCCGCCCCGUGCUAGCUGCUCGCCCGCGUUCUGCCUGCGAUGCCCGCUACUCCCGGAGCAGCCGCUGGAGGAGGCCUCGGUACGGGGCUGGGGCGGCGGCCUGGCGCCCCGCGGCCGGACCCGGGCUGAGGCGCAACGCAGCGCUCUAGGAAGCUGUGCGGUAGCUAGAGCUGCCGGGGCCGGGCAGGGGGGACUCCAAGCCCACGGCAGGACCACGAACUACAAACCGGGGCCUGCCGGGAGGAAGCGGAGGGACGCCACACAGGAAGCGAGGUACGGCGGCGCCGCCAUAGCACUGCGGCGGUCCCGCCCGGGCCGCCCCUGAGUCACCGGAGCGGUCUGCACGGGCAGGCCGAGCCGCGGGGUGCCGGGUCGGCAGCUCCUCCCCUCUGCCUUGCUGCCCGCCGCCGCGCUCGCUGCUGCCGGUACCGCCUGGGAAGCACAACCAGCUGCUGGUAGCGCCGAGCCGCUGGGGAAGCAAGCGGCAGUACCGGCGUCUUCCUGAACCUUAUUGUAUGCAGUUGAGUAAAUGCAAGAAUGUAUGGCAAGCCAGGAAGUCUCAUUACCACGGUGGACAACAUUUAUAGUUUCAUCUGAAGUAUGCUCUUAAAUUUUUACUAAUUAAUUGUUACAGUGGUGUUGUUGCAUCUAGGUUGAAGUUGGGGAAAGAGGAUCUAAGGUUCACCUUUUUAAAAGCACAUAUGACCAAGAUAUGGUGGACCUAAGAAAUGCUGAGUAGCUGCUGCUGCCAGUCAUUUUUAGAAGUCAAGCAUGUUUGUUUACACCUAUAAAAUGAAACAACCAAAACAAGUAAUUAGCUUCUGGAAAUAGUUUCAAUGACCUUUCCAGCCUCACAAAAUAAGUCAGUGGUAAAACUGGAACUCAAAUUUGGGAAGAUCUCUAUGUGUGGAUGUAUUCAGAUUGGUAUACACACAAAUUGACAAUUAUGUAGUUUUAAGAAGUAAGUUUAUAUAAACAAAUCGCUCUUACAAAAUUUCACAUAGGUUCAACUAUUAAAUACAAGUUCUUGUUCUCUAAACUUUUAUAGUACCAUUCCUAAAUCAAAAAUAAAAACUCCCUUUCUUUGUUCAGCUAGUUUUAGAAGAACAAAAAUCCUUCCAACAACCUAGGAGACUUAACAGGUUUCUUAGGUUGCUGUCCUGCAUGUUGUGCAUCCUUCCUUUUUGUGUUUAUAGUCAUGUUUGCAUUCCCUUCUGCCAAGCUGCUGAAUCAGAUGGGAAGAACAAAAUGCUGUGCAUUAAGCCUCUAACACAACUGGUAAGCUUAGUGGAAGGAGAGUGUGAAGGGGAUGGGCCAGAAAAGGAAAUUUUAUUGGGACUGCCUGCCUGGCUGUGGUAGCCAAAUACAUAUUUUAGUGGUGCCUGGUGAACAAAGCAACAGACUGAGGUUCUGGAGACCUACUUGUAUCUCUGUAGUUGACCCUAAGGAUGGAGCACAUUGGUACAAACCAACAAUUUUACAAGCAGAGAAAUAUGCUGUGCUUUUCUUUCUAACCAAGUGGUGUGAUAACUGCUUUCUGGAGUGUUCAUUGAAAGGCUGAGACAAUUACUCAACUGAGCAAUAGGAAAAGGGAUUGGAUAAUUGCCAAGAAUGCGUACAUCAAUCAGUAAUUGAGAGGAACGUUUACUUGUAAAAGAAUGCUGGGUAGCAUGUGGGGUAACGUGAUCUUCUUGUAGAGUCCCUUUAAUUUCCAACAGAUUCAAAGAUAUCAACCAACUGUCCUGUAAAAACAAGGCGGGGAAAACAAUCCUACUUGGCAACUAUGAGGUAUCUUCAUUUCUGUAAGCUUCCAGGAAGAGUUAUGGGAAUCCGCCUACUACGCUUUACUUCUGUGGUGAUCAUUGUCUUACUUCUUGUGGCAGGUGCUUUAACAGCUUUGCUUCCCAAUAUCAAAGAUGACAAAAUGCCCAAUUUGAGAAGGGAACCAAAAACCCAGAGUCAGUCUGCCUUGGAUUCAUUUACUCUUGUUAUGCAGACAUAUAAUAGAACUGACUUACUGCUAAAGCUUUUAAAUCAUUAUCAAGCCAUCCCCCACCUACAUAAAGUAAUUGUUGUGUGGAACAACAUUGGUGAGAAGAUACCAGAGGAAAUGUGGAAUUCCUUGGGGCCUCAUCCUGUCCCUGUUGUCUUUAAAGUUCAAACUGUAAAUCGCAUGAGGAACAGACUCCAGAAUUUCCCUGAGCUGGAAACAAAAGCCGUUUUAAUGAUGGAUGAUGAUACACUCGUCAGUGCUCAUGACCUUGCUUUUGCUUUCUCUGUUUGGCAGCAAUUUCCAGAGCAUAUAGUGGGAUUUGUUCCUAGAAAGCACAUUUCUACUCCUUCAGGUGUAUACAGUUAUGGCAGCUUUGAAUUGCAGAACCCUGGAUUUGGAAACGGAGAUCAUUAUUCUAUGGUACUUAUUGGUGCAGCAUUUUUUCAUAGUGGAUAUUUAGAAGACUUUCAAAGACAGCCAGAAGCUGUUUACGCCUUAAUAGAUGAAACUCAAAAUUGUGAUGAUAUUGCUAUGAAUUUUCUGGUAGCUAAGCACACUGGAAAGCCGUCCGGAGUGUUUGUGAAGCCUGUUGAUAUAAGAAAUUUAGAAAAAGACACUAACAGUGGCUAUUCUGGAAUGUGGCACCGAGCAGAGCAUUUGUUACAGAGAUCUUACUGUGUAAAUAAACUGGUUAAUAUUUAUGAUGGCAUGCCUUUAAAAUAUUCUAAUAUCAUGAUUUCUCAGUUUGGUUUUCCUAAUUAUGCCAAUCACAAAAAUAAAAUGUAAACCAAUGAAUUUAAGGGGUUAGAUGUUAAAGAAGACUCAGUGAAUUGUACUGAGUUGAAGGAGAGAAGGUAUAAUUAAUUGCAUCUUGGCCAUCCUUAUUUGUAGCCUCUGAAUUUUUUCCAUUUGGCUUUUUAUGUAUUUUUUUUUCCUUUCUUACUAAUUCUCCAAGGUAGGUUUUGAGAAGACUUGAAGAAUAUAUAUUAAUGUUUAGCUGUGAUAAAAUCAUCCUCUUUCCAUAAAACUGAAAAGUUAUUACAAUUAAUUAGGCCAGUUCUUCAGAAACAUGCAGACAAAAAUGCACUCCUACCCGUCAGUGCUUAUGUUUGAUUUUUUUUUUUUAAUAUAUGUAUCUAGUCAAAUGAGGUCUAGGCCUAUUUUUGAUAGUUAUAUGUUGAGAUGCUUCCUUGCCUUUCCCCUCCUCUCCUAACCUCCUCCUACCCAGAUAUCAGUGAAACCAUAGAAGGGCUACAGUAAACUGUUGGCCAGGCUUCUAGACUCCUGUACAAAACCCCUUUGAAGUUUGUAUAUAAGCUAUUCUGUAUUCUGAGAUGUUCCUGAAGCUGCUGUGAAAGCAGGCCAGAAAGAGUACCUCACCUUAAUCUCAGAUAGUCCUAAAACCAUUGCCUACAAUGUCUACUACUGCUGAGAUAGUGGAAAAUGAUUCUGAUGUGGCUUUUUUUCCUAUUAUUAAUUUGCCUAGAGUUGCUGAAACACUGCAGGCAGCUGAAAGGUAAAAUGUAGCAAUUGGAAAAUUAAGAAACAUGAAUAUAUGAAAUAUGAAACUUUUAUAUAAGCAGCCAGAAGAAAUGGAUGGGAUAUUACUUAUUAAUGCUCUUUAGUACUUAGUUUUAUUUUUAUAUUUUGCAUGUCCAUUGUUACAAAAAUAUGCCCAAGAAAAUCCUCACUUUUUAAAAAUGUGUUAUUUACAAUUCUUAGUAAGAGCAAGCAGUUUUACAUUUAUUACAGAAUGUACAUUUUGUAAUGUUACAGAUCUGCUGGUUUUUAACUACUCUUUCAAAUGAGUAUUUAAUUUUUGGUUCCUUUCAUCUCUGUUUUUGGUGGCUAUGACAACAUAAUUAAAAUGUGCAAUGAAUGGGUAAAGCGUUAUAAAAGAAAGUAUUUUAAGGUACUGUGAUGUUUGACAGGACUGGACUAUUAUCAGUCUCUGAAUUCCCUGGCUUCAUGUAUAGCAAGAAACAGAGCUAUUAUUAACAGCUUUUGUUAGAUUGGCACACUCUAGUUCUGGAAAUGUUGUGUUAACGUAGACAGGACAAACCUUUUCCGUUGCACUUGCAGAACCUUUUUGUGAUAUGAAGGAAAGAACAAGAGACAGUGAUUUUCCUGGGCUGCAGAGAGGAAUCAAAUCUGGCAUCCAAAAUAGAUUGUUUCAUCUGUAUCAGCUUUUAAUUGAUUCUUAGUGUCAGUUCAAAGGUAUCUAUGGGCAAUCAAUAACAGCUAAUACCUGGUACACAAAUAGCAUCUGCACAAAUGGUGCAUUUUAUCAUUUUUGUAAUAAGUUAGCUGAACAAAAAGUGGUACAAGAAUGCGACAAGUUCUUUACAGCAGGGCUGAUUCUGGGUGUGAGUCUUUGGGGGAACGGGGGAUUCUUUUGCCUUGUUCUAUCAGUGUUAAAGAAUUUGGUUUCUGUUCAGUGAAGUCUUCCUAGUACUUUUGCAAGAUUUAAACGGCAAAAUCUUAACAUGGCAAUGUAAAGUCUGCUUAAUUUUGUUGUAAUAGUGAAAAUUAGAUUUUAAUUAUUGUGCUGUAGUGGUAAGUAAUAUACAAACAAGUCUGAUCUUCCCAGAAAUGCAGCUUUUCUAGUGGUAGUUUACUGCAUUUCAUCUAAUUACUGGUCUUCUGUAAUUUCUGUUCUGUGCAGUACCAACUAGAAUUGUGAAGACUCACAGAUGUUGUUUACCUUUUAAAAUGUGAAAUGAACUGUCAGCUCAGCCAAAUCUUAGUAUUGGCAUCUUUGUUGGGGGGAAGGAGUUGUUUUGGGUUGGGUUUUUUGUUGUUUUUGUUUUGUUCUUCUGUAUCAGUGAAAAAACUAAUAGAACAAGCUUUUAUUAUACUAGUAAAAUUAAUUUGUACCAUUGUCAAAUAAAAUACAUUGAACAGA